AGUGCAGCAAGCAAAGAAAAAUAGUUAAGCUGAACUAGAAAGUGAAUUUCAAUUGAAAUUAUAGCAGAGCUAAAUAAAUUGACGCCUAAACUUAUUUGAAACUAUAAGAACUUUAUAUAGACGCCUUAACUUGAUUGAGAACUAAUUGCCCAAAGACUGCAUUUCAAGCAAAAGACGCGCUCAAUUCCGAUUGCGAAAUAUAUCAAGAAAUUGGCCUUUGUGAUUAUGGAUGACUUUGAUAUGCAUGUGCAUUGCGGGAUUCGCUUGCUGAAGGCCUUUCGACGACUGCGUCGUCCGGCAACGGCGCGGCAGAUUAGCGCGCGUCUGGCCAAGCUGCUGGGCAUACAGAGGCGCGUGAUGGCUGCUCUGAUGCGGGAUGUGCUCACUGAGGCGCUGGCCAAGCGUGCCCUGGACUUGCAUGUGGAUCCACUAACUCAUCGCUAUCAUUGCCCGCGCCUUGAGCGCGCCAAUCACCGCUUGGUGCGCGAGUUUCUGCAUUGUCGUGCCACAAUGCCGAGUCUGCAGCGUCUGGAGCGUGCGCUGGUCCUGAAGGUUUUCUAUUAAUCGAAGCGAAUAAAUGUGGCCAAGCGCGUUGGCCUAG